GUUCAAUCAAUACGUGGAAGUUGAAUUUUAUAGUGCUCGACUUGUCCGUGCUCGCACACUAAUUGGCACAAACGCCAGCCAUCGUACACAAGAAGCAUUAAGCGACGAUCGGCAGCGCCUCGCCAUUGGGGCAGAAUUGCGAUGCUCGCCCUUGACGGCUCUACCCUCGAAGGCGGUGGCCAGCUUGUCCGCGUGGCCCUCUCGCUCUCGGCCAUCUGCGAGGUCCCCGUGCACAUCUACAACAUCCGCGCCGGGAGGGGGCCGCAUUCGUUCCAGAAGCGAGCCCACGGUAGUCGAGGCAAUCAAGGCGGACGUGCGAGCAGGGGAACCUCCCACUAUGGCGGAACAAAGCAGAAGCCUGGCGGCGGGCUUAAGGAAAGCCACCUGGCAGCACUGACAUGGCUGGCUCGUGAAUGCAGUGCGGAGAUCGAAGGCGCAGAGACGGGGAGCCAGGAACUCAUAUUCAAACCUGCACGGCGGCGGAAGGAUGGGCACCUGACAUCGAAACGAAGCGAGACAGCAGGAAGAAACGCAGGCGAAGACACAGACACAGACACAGAAGUGAUCGAGCUCAAGAAUCCGGGGAGCGUCUGGCUCAUCUGGCAGGCAAUUUUCCCCUACAUCGUCUUCUCGAUGCUCCAACGUCGCCCCAGCGACAGGUCAGAAACAUCGGCCUUCCGCAUACGUCUGAAGGGUGGAACGAACGUCCCGAAAUCCCCGUCAAGCGAAUACAUGCAGCAGGUGCUUCUCCCUUUGUGCGAGCGCAUUGGGCUGCCCAAAGUCGAGAUCCAGGUCCUGCGGCGCGGGUGGACGACGGGUGCGGCGGAGAUCGGAGAAGUUGAGAUUGCCGUGUUCCUCCCUCAACAAUCCGGGCAAAAUGACGAGAGGAAGAAAGCUGAGGUUGAUCCGGUCAUCAGAAAACGAAAGAUAAGAGCUAGAGAAGAUGGGUUUGACGAGGGUGAAGGCUUCGCCCUCGCCCCUUUCGAGAUUACAUCACCUGGACCGACCACUAUCACCUCCAUCUCAAUGACAAUCCUCGCGGGCUCCCUUGAGAUGCAUUCGCUAGUUCAAACCCAGCUCCUUGAAUCCCUCCGAACCAUGCCGGUAUUCUCAUCUCCCUCUCUCCCUAUCGAAUUACACCCUUCCUCCGCGGACUCGGGCGACGAGCGCCGGCUCUAUAUCCUCCUGGUCGCACACACCUCUGCGGGCUACAGGCUGGGAAGAGACUACCUCAGCCCCGGCCGAAAGGUGACGAACGAAACAGAACGCCAGCGCACGGUGGAUGAGGCGGUGGGCCAUGUCGUGCGCGGCUUCACCCGGGAAUGUCGCAGGGGAAGCUGUGUGGACGAAUUCGCCGAGGAUCAGUUUGUCAUUUUCCAGGCUCUGGCGGAUGGCGCGUCGAGUAUUGACGUAGGGAAGUCAGGCAAGGGCAGCAACAUGGCGGGAGGAGAGGAUACUGGGAGUCUCCAUACGAGAACUGUGCGUUGGGUAUGUCGCGAGAUGUUGGGGACGGUGUUUGAUGGGCAGGGUAGAUGUGAAGGGCGGGAAAUGAGACGGGAGGAAGGAGGUUUUGACGAUGUGGAGGGAGGUCAAAGCAUUGAGUCUUGUGGAAGACCAUGAUGAGAAAGUGUGAGCUCUCGUCUUGCUCAGAUGUGUAGGUCCCUGAAAUGCAUUCCAAGGGUAUCGCAGGCAAUCACUGUUGUCUUGCUCGCCAGAGCAUGCAAUGAAUCCUAAUUUUGUG